AUGACGUGUGGCACUACUCUCCCCGCUUCAAGGCAUCUCCUUGCUUUUCCCAAAAGAGAUAAGGAUGGUGGCGGCUACUUCUCCUUGUAUCUCGAUCUUGCCCCUGACUCUCUGCCACCAGGAGGGCAAGACUGUUUCGAUGCAGAGAAUAACAGUUGGGUCUUUGAAGAGUUCUUGCCUCUUUCCCAAGUUUGGGGAUACCUGGAUGAUUGCAGACUCACUAUCAUAGUUGAUAUAGACAUAUCACUAGAGAAUCCUGUGAACAUUAUUGAACCAUCUCUGAGAUUUAAUCAAUCUGAUGAUGCAUCCGUCAGCAGUUCUCAGGCGGACCAAGUGUCUCGUCAAGUGGAGCAACAAACUGAGAACCCAUCAAACCAGGAUUCGGAUGUUGCACUUCAGGAAAUUCAACCUGUAAAGGAGACAACGGAUGUCAAUGGGUUUGAGGUUUUGUCUUCUCAGGUAGAAUCUGUGAAGCGUAUAUUUGAAAGAUACCCAGACAUUGCUGUGGAGUUUAACGCAAAGAACCAACAUCUCAGGAACGCAUGUAUGAAUUUCCUGCUCAGCUUAAUCGAGACGUUAUGCCAAUCUCUUGAGAAGCUCUCUAAUGAAGAUCUAGUGGAAGCAGACAUAGCGCUGACAUACUUGAAAGAUGCAGGGUUUAAGGUGGAGUGGCUGGAGAAGAAGCUAGACCAAAUAAAAAACAAAAAGGAGAAAGAGAAGUCUUGUUUGGCUCGGCUCCAAGAGAUGGAUGAAACUCUACUGAAACUGAAGCAAAUGUGUUCAGAGGUGCAGACUCUUGCGGAGGAGGAGAAGGCAGAUUUGUCAGCCAUCAGAACUGCUCUGUCUUUCGAUGCUCUUGUUUGA